AAACUUAUUAAAUAGAUAAAUUUUGUGAUAAUAAUGGGAAAGAAGAAAUCCAACUAUCUCACAGCUUCCGGCUUCAGCAACUUCGGUCUGGACGACCCAGUGUUGAAAGGUGUGGUCAGGAAAGGCUACAACAACCCCACCCCCAUUCAGAGGAAGUGUAUUCCUAUUAUAAUGGAGGGAAAGGAUGUGGUGGCUAUGGCUAGAACGGGCAGUGGAAAGACGGCCUGUUUCCUGCUCCCGAUAUUGCACAGCUUGAAGGAGCACAACACAGUCAGCGGUGCCCGAGCUUUGAUCCUCUCGCCAACUCGAGAACUAGCAAUGCAAACACACCAGUUUUUCAAAGAACUGGCAAAAUACACCGGACUCAGAUCCAGUGUAAUUAUCGGUGGCAGCAGCCUCGAUAAGAACUUCGAAUCAAUACAUAGUCAUCCAGAUAUUAUAAUUGCUACUCCUGGACGUUUGAAUCACGUCCUCGUUGAAAUGGAUCUGAAAUUGAACAAUGUCAAACAUUUUGUCCUAGAUGAAGCGGAUCGCUUAUUUGAAUUGGGUUUCUGUGACCAGAUAAAACUGAUUUCCAAACAAAUUGGGGUUCAACGACAAACACUUCUAUUUUCAGCGACAUUGCCUCAAACAUUAACGGAGUUCUUAAGAAUUGGCUUGCAUGACCCGGUUUUGAUCCGACUCGAUAAAGAUGAAAAACUAAGCGAACAGCUGAAAUUAAACUACAUCAGCUUAAGAAGUAUCGAGAAAAUCCCGCUUUUGCUUUACCUUUUGGGCGAAAAACUAGACAGUAAAGAUAAAACGGCUGUUUUUCUACCGACUAGACAUUAUGUUGAGUACGUGCAUGAGUUAUUGACUAGAAUGAGUGUUGAAAGCACGUUUAUAUACAGCUCGUUAGACCAAGAAGCGAGGACAGAAAAUAUUGAAAAAUUCUCAAACCGAGCUAGAAUUUGCAAUAUUUUACUCGUUACAGAUAUAGCAGCACGAGGAAUAGAUAUACCAAUUUUGGAUAACGUGAUCAAUUUCAACUUUCCAUGUUCACCGAAGUUAUUUGUUCACAGAGUAGGAAGGGUUGCGCGAUCAGGUCGGCCUGGACUCGCGAUCAGUUUUGUAACUUCAGAAGAUUUGUCGUACUAUGUGGACGUGCAUUUGUUUUUGGGACGGGAAAUAAGUUUAGCUGAAGUAAAAAGUACUGAUGAUGAAGAUGGAUUGCUCGGUGGUGUUAAUAAAAGUGUGGUUGCCGAUUAUUUGGACAAAAUGAACAAUCUAGCCAGCGUGGAUGACGCAGACAUAGUUUCAUUGCGCGAAACAGCAGAACGAAGUCUGAUUCAGUAUGCUAAAACAUGUCCUUCGUCAUGUCACGAAAGUUCAAAAAGAGCGAAAGAAUUAAACUUGGAGAAUUUACAAAUUCAUCCAUUUUUGAGGCUGAAGAAUACAGAUACAAAUGUUCAAGAUUUUCUGAACAGUAUCAAAAAUUACAAGUCUCAGAAAACUAUUUUUGAAGUUAACCCGACGAGAAAUAUGAACGCGUAUCAAGUAAUGCAAAACUCAAGAAAGCGAAAUGGUGAAAGUAUUGAAGAUUUUGCAGCUAAAAAGGCACGAAAAGUUGCAGAAAAGAUAAAACAUGACAAUGAAAAAGUUUCAAAAGGCUUUAUUCCUUAUAACUCAACAACCCAGCAUUUCGAAAAGGGUCUUGAAAUUAGUCAAUUUGAGAAAGAAAUUAGAAGCUCCGCUUUUGACAUUAUCGUUGACGACGAAAAAAAGUUGUCUGAAAAACGCGCGCAGAAAGUAUGGGACCGAAAGUUGAAAAGGUAUAAAGGGUUAAGUGAGAAUACGAAGAAAAUUACUACUGAAAGUGGCGCUAAAAUUAAUGCUUCUUUCAAAACAGGAAGAUACGAUGCAUGGUUGAAAAAUAACAAAGGCUCGAAAAAUGCUUCAAAUCAGAAUUUCGAAGCAUUUGUUAAAUCUUCACACAGCGAAGCGAAUAAUCCGAAUGCUCAAAGUGAAUUGAAAACUACAGAUCAAGUGGCGAAAUUGAGACGAAAGAAAGCGCGACGAAUGGAGUUUGAUCAGAGACGUUAUCAAGAGCGAAAAGCGAGGAAAGAGGGAAAAGGCGGAGGAGGCGGCAAUAUCCAGAAAGCGAAAAAAUCGAAGUCGAAGAAAAAGAAGUAAUGCGUGAAAGCAAAUGUUAAGAAACGAAAUAAUGUAGAUUUUAUCAUUGAUAUUUCUUUGAUAUUAAUUGAAAUAUCUGAUCGUCUUAA